CGGUUUGGGGUGCGAGGAGCCUCUGGCGGUGCUGGCCAGCUGUGCGCUCUGGCCUCCAUGGGGCCACGUUUUACACUCUUGCUGGCGGCUCUGGCCGACUGCCUGUGUCCAGCGAGGCCCUGCAUCAUAUGUGACCCGUUUGUGGUAGCUGCGCUAAGGACAUUGGAGCAGAGUUACCUGCCUAGCCACCUGGCACCCGAGCAUCACGAAAACGUCAUGAAGAGGGUAGAGGAGGCGGUGAAGGACUUCAAGGACCUGCCUUUGGAUCAGGAUAGCUAUGUGGGGGCCGUGGAUGAGGACACACUGGAACAGGCGUCCUGGAGUUUUCUGAAGGAUCUGAAACGUAUCACGGACAGCGAUGUAAAAGGAGAGCUCUUUGUGAAGGAAUUAUUCUGGAUGCUUCGUCUGCAAAAGGACAUCUUUGCCACCCUUGCUACACGUUUCCAAAAAGAAGUUUAUUGUCCCAACCAAUGUGGCACCAUGCUGCAGACCCUGAUCUGGUGUAACAAGUGCGAGAAGCAGAUCCACAUUUGUCGGAAAUCCUUGGACUGCGGGGAGCGCAGGAUAGAGGUGCAUCGCAUGGAGGACAUGCUCCUGGACUGUGGGCUCAGUUGGCAUCACGCUUCUGAGGGACUUACGGACUACAGUUUUUACAGGGUUUGGGGGAACAGUUCUGAGACCUUGCUGUCCAAGGGGAAAGAACCCUAUCUGACCAAGACGAUGGUGAGUGCAGAGGACGCCGGCAACUACCGCUGCGAACUGGGGACUGUCAGCUCGGGUCCUGCCACCAUCAUCCAUUUUCGUGUCAUAGUAUUGCCCCCAAGGAUAUUCGAGGAAAAACCACCACCAAACAUCAUAACCCAGGAGGAGGAUGUCCCUGGCCAGGUGAAUGUAGAGGUCCCGGAGCCCGGGACUACGAUCACCCAUCAGCCGAAACCAGAGAGAAAUCUGAAACACCGCCUCUUAAUACUGUUGAUCCUCGGCUUCGUAGUUCUGGUGGCCAGCAUCAUUGCCUCGGUACUUCACUUCAGGAAGAAAGCAGCUACAGCUUCAUCGAAGAGCUCAAGUUCAGGCGGCAAAUACUCACCACGGGAGAAGGGACAGUCGGACCCCGUGGAUUCUCCGCACUCUCAUCCAGAGGCUCAGAGUGCCGCUGAGGAGGACGCAGAGGAAAAGGGCGGGGAAGAAGGAAGCCAAUAA